AUGCCAUAUCAGACAUACCCGUGGUGGUCGAACGGCUUUGAUUUCUUAGAUUCACAUGCGCGCUAUACCAAUCCUCGAUCGUCUCGGAGCCUGCGACCUCCAGGGUGGGCCUUCUCAGAGCUCGCAGCAGGUCCAUGCUGCGAGUUUUGUGUUACUCAUGACAAUAUUCUGAGCUUGGAAGAGGGCCUCUUUGAGCUGAGAAUGGUAGCACCACCAUAUUUCGACCACGUCCAGGAGGCAUACGAAUGUAUCCAUCACUACUACAAGCACGGUUUCGAUCAACAUGGUCCGGAGUUUUAUUACGUGUCGCGUGAGAUAGAGAGGCUAUCAAAGUUAUUACGCAAAUUGUACUUUGCAACAGGUAUGCAUGAGUUGGCUUUAUGGUCGGACCAGUUGAAGUACAUGGGAAGGGAUACACAAAUGAUUUCCAGACGUUUUCGAUUCAGUCCAAUGUCUAAGCAUCGGAACAAUCGUGGAUCGUUGAUGCCGCUGAUUAUGUUCUAG